GGACACAAAUGAUCUAUGGAAGAUGGUAAAAGAAAUUUUUAAAAAAAAGAAUUAUGACCAGAUUUAAAUAUUAGAAAUUCAUUUGUAAUAAACAUUUUAACUGACCUAUAAUUUCACUGAUUUUUAUCAAUAAUCAUUUCAACCAAUAAUGAUAGAAGAUUGAAUUCGAUGUAUUUCAUAUUCAUAAUACACUAGAUAUAACAUUAAAAGAAGAAUAUAGAGAUAAUUAGUAAUGUUGAAAUUAAUUAGAAUAUUUUGUUCUUAAAUAAUAAUUAUACUAAUAUUAAAACAUUGUCCACUUACAAAUAAUCAUGUCAAACAAUACUAAUAUCACCACAACUGAUACUGUUGAUAAUAGUAAUAAUACUACUAGUAGUAGUAGUAGUAAUGAGAUGAAAUUAGAUAAACCUAUGCAAACAACUGCAUCUAUAGAUGAAUUAAUUUAUGGAUUAUAUCAUAUUACAAUGGAGAUAUCACCUACUUGUCGUCAAGCAGCUACAUUAUUUUUAUCAGGAUUUUUUGUUGUUGGAGUACUUUUAAUUAUACCAGCAUUAAUGCAAACAGCUGCUGCAUAUGUAUGGGCAGCACAAAUACGUCGUGAAUCUGUGACACCAACACAAUUACAACAAUGUAAAAAAAAUCAAUCUAUAUCAAAAAAUAAUAAUAAUAAAAUUCAAAAACAAAUUAAAAAGCAUAGAUUACCAAAACAAGAUCGUACAUUAUUUCUAUAUCGUAUAUUAGCUUGUACGGCAUCACUUCUUGUUCUUAUCUUUUCUACAUUACCCCAAUUAGUUAUUGUUGUUGCUAAGCCACAAAUAGCUGAUAGUAUAGAUAAACGUUGGGGUUGGUGUCAUGCAUUUGUAUAUGCUGAUCAUGUGACAAGAUGUUUUGCAAGUUAUUUAAUUGUAAUACCAUUUUUUUUAUUAUUUUGGAAUUUUUUAUUUAGUGAAAUAUUACCACAUCAUCAUUUCAUUAUGCGUAAUGUAUUUGGAGUUAUUUUAAAAUCAUCAAUUAUUAUAGCCUUAUUUUCUUUAUGUAUACCAAUACCAAUUGUAGUAAGACAAUAUGAGAAAAUGUGUACAUCUAAUAAAAUAUGUUUAUGUGGACCAACAAUGCAUGGGAUUGCAACAUUUAUAUAUUAUGAUUUUGUUGCCACUCGUAUUAUUCCAGCUAUAUUUGUUAUAUUUAUAAGUAUUGGAUUUUUACGUUGGUUACCUAGAGAAGAUUAUGGUGUAUUUUAUGAACCAGCAAUAUUUUUAGCUUUUAUGAUACCUCAUGUAUUAUGUGAAGUUAUUAUACAUAUAUUUCAUCGUGCUCAUAUAAUCAAUAAAUUAAUUAAUGUGAAUUUUAGUAAUUUUAUGCUUUUAUCUUAUGCAUUAUAUCAUAUGUCAUUUAGUUGUACAUUUGUAUUGGCUACAUUACGUUCAAUGUUAAGUGAAAUACAAGAAGAACGACGUAAACGAAGUAUGCUUUUAUAUGAUGAAACUAUUGAUACAUCGAAACAACCAUCAUCUAGUCGAAAUAAAACUACUAUACGUAUAGCUGAUAAUAAUAAUAAUAAUAAAACUAAUCAAAUGCACGGAACUAAACGUCGUACAAAUUUAAUACAUGGUUUACAAAAACAAUUCUCUGUAGCUUAUCGUUGGAAACCAGAUUUUACUGAUGAAGAAACUGGUUUUAUUUCUGGACAAAUAGAUGAAUUAUCUAUGGAACAAUCAACAAAUCAAAAUAUUUCUAAUAUAAAUGAAAAUGAAUCUAAUUUAUCAGAUAUACAAAAUGAAAUAAAUGAAAAGUGUACAGAUGAUGCAAUGUUACAUUAUGCUAUAUUACAAAGAUCAGCUAGUUUAAAAAGAAAAGAACAAGAACAACGUAUAAAACCACAAGCACAUACAUCAUAUAGUAUUAUACGAAAAUUAAAUUCACAACAAUGUCAACCAUUACAACAACAACAACAACAACAACAACAACGUGCCAUAUUGUAUCCUAUUAAUAACCAAUUGAGUUAAUGAAUUAACAUUUCUUAUACAAGAUUCCUAUUUAUCAAUAUGAUAGACUCCAUCGUGACAGAAAUCAAUACUCAUUUUGAAAUAUAUAUAUACAUAUGUUGAUAUUUCUUUUAGGAUUUAAUGUCAUAAUAUCAUUUACCCUUCAAUAUUGAUUUAGUUUAACCUUACGGUGAAAUUUGUAAUAUUGAUUGAAGUUGUUCAUGUUAUUUCCGAUUUGAAUCAUUUGCCAACUUCAUUGUUACAUCAUAAAUUGUUGGAACUACACUGAAUGUAACUAGAAUUCAUUUUGAAAUAUAUCCAGUAAAAUCUAUACAUUGUAUAUAAAUUACCAUUAUUCAAACAUUUCAAAUACUAUUAGUUCUGUGUAUUAAAAUGAUUAUAAACAAAAUAUGAAAAAAUAAUGACUUAAUGUCUGUUAUGAAUUAUCCUAUUAGCUUGGUAGUUUAAUAAAAGUUAUAUUGGGUCUCAUAAAACAUUGACUUGUAAGAACCUGACAUGUUCACAUAACUAGG